AUGAAUCAGUCUAAAAAAAUAUUUCGAAUAAGAAAUCUAUUCUAUUUCAUUCUAUUACAUUUAAUUAAUGCUACACCACAAAUCAAUCUUUAUUAUACACAUUGGUUAAGUGAAAGAAAUGAUAAUAAUGGAUUACAACAUGAUUGUUUACGUGUUCCUGUUGCUAUUGAAGAAAGUGAAUCUCAUUAUCAAAUGAUAUUAUAUUGUAUGAAUGAAUUAUCAUCAAAAUUUAAUAUUGAAAAGAAAAAUAUUUUAUUUCGGAAUUUUACUUUUGAUCAACUUUCAAAACAAAAUAUAACAAGUCAACAAUUAUAUCUUUGGUUAACACCAAUUGAUAUUAUUGAAAAUUAUCAAUUUUAUUUAAAUCAAUUAUCAACAACAUUAAAUGAAUCAUCAUCAUCAUCAUCAUCUUUAAGAAAAGAAAUUUUCUAUAAUUGUACAUUACCAAGAUUUGGUUUAAUGUGUCAAUAUGAAUUAUAUAAUCAUUAUUCAUAUCAUUCAUCUUUAUAUGAAAUUAUUUAUGAUUUCUAUCACAAUUAUUUCUAUACAAUGACUAAUUUGACUUGUUAUAGACAUUUAAAAUGUAAUCGUGGUCCUGAUCCAUCAUGUUUAGAUUGGAGCAAAAUUUGUGAUGGAAAAGUUGAUUGUCUUGAUGGAGAAUUUGAUGAAGAAUAUUGUUGGCAAAUUGAAAUAAAUAAAUGUAAAGAUAAUGAAUUUCAAUGUCCUAAUGGACAAUGUAUACCAGAAUCGUUUAUUCAUGAUAAUAUAAACAUUUCAUAUUGUCUUGAUGGAAAUGAUGACCCAUGUAGAAGAAGAGAACCAUCAUUUGGUUGUGAAGAUAUAAGAUGUGACAAUACUCCUAUAACAAGUUCUUCUCGUCAACC